AUGACGGGCUCCUUCCUGCACCGGGCCCGGAUCCCCGAGUGCGUGGCCGGUGUCGCCGCGGGGAAGGUGGGGGCGGGGCGGACGAGGCUGCGCCCUGGACCCGGGUCUCCCGGAGCCCCACCCGAACCCCAUCCCCCCAGCAGGGCUCCUCGCGGAGACCCCGGCCCAGGACGCGCCCUCUGCACGGCGGAGGGCGGCGGCGCGACCCGCGGGGCGGUGGGGGGCGCUGUCGCCGGAAGUGGCCGCGCCGCGGGGGGGGGGGGGACACGACUGGUUCCCCGACAGCUCAGCCCGCACCGGGCCUCCACCGCCCGCGCCUCCGGUCUCCCCACCCCGUCCACACCCCGUUCCCAGCCUCCCUCGCUCUUGGUGGGGAUGCUGAUCGGCCGAGAGCUGUCCCUGGAAAUGUCCCCGUGCACCUGCUUGUCCAUGCUGGGAAAGCUGGGAGGAAACCCGAGCUGUGGAAUUAAACCGAAAUUUAAGACUCAUCCCAAUAUCCAUGUCCCCCUGCCCUCCCUUUCCUAA